UACCUUACCUACCUUAGCUACCUUAUCCACAACAUCAUCAACAUCCCUGUCUGAGGCUCGUUCUAGUCCUCGACACACACUCAUCCCAGAUAGGAAGCGGCUUCGUAUAAUACUUCUUGAUUUCCCCAUCUCCAGUUUUUCGAAUACAUAACAAAGACCUCGCUCAUCAUCAACUCUUGGAACAUUUCUUUCAUGGGACACUCAUCUAAAUCAUCUUCAUCAUCGACCUCUUCUAGCUCUUCGACUUCUUCAUCUUCGUCUUGCUGUUGCUCCUCCAAUACUUUAAUCUCCAGGACCUCAACCACUCAAACCUACUGCACCGCCAACUAUCGAUAUACAGUCCAAGUCAGAGUUUCUUCUUGCUUUGCUUCUUGGCGCCAUCGCUGUUGUUCUUGCUGUUACUUUUACUAUCGCCAGUCGCAUCAAUGCUCGCAAGGAGGGGUCAUUCACAAACCGCAUUGCAAAGCGAUAAGAAGCUGCAGGACAUCCACAACAUCAACCACUUCUCGAACGCGUCGGACCUGACGCCAACCGCCUCUAUGAUGGGUCAAAUCAGCCCACUCCUACAACUUCCUUCGCCACCGGCCGGCUCGUAUAACAACAACUACCUUUAUGCCGAUGCCGACCACUACAUUGAUGCACAGACCUCAGCAUCGCAAAGCCCUAUAAACUCACAAUAUGACAUGUCGUCGUACGUUCAAGAUUUCUGCCUCGGAGAUGUUUAUCCCAGCCCCGAAGGUGACUGCGAUGCCGACUCUCCACAGCCACUCGAAGGGUCCUCUACAUCACCAUCGGCAACCCCAGAAUCAAAGGCCCCCGCAAAGAGGAAACGGGAGAACCGCUACAAGAACGCGCCUCCUUCAGUGCUAUCGCGCCGGAGAGCUCAGAACCGAGCAUCACAGCGUGCCUACCGCGAGCGCAAGGAUCAACGCAUAAAGGACCUUGAGCAAAUGCUCAACGACUCAAAACAGCGCAACGACCUGCUCAGCCAAGCGUACCAGAACCUUCACGGCGAAUACACCAAGCUGAGGACAUCACAAGAACUUAUCGGCGCCGACCGGAAUACAGCAGCCUCAUACGACUUUUCGUCUUUCGAUCCCAGCUCAUUUGACUUGUCGUCAAUUUUGGGACCUGCUCCCACCACAAGGGGACUUGACAUCGGCCUGUACGCCUACCCAGAUAUUACGAGCUAUGGCCACAUCUGAUGUCAACCUUUUGGUCCCAUGACUACAUUAUAUGGUGGGAAGACGGCCAAUCAACCAUCUUUCACUGCUUUUUGCAUCCUAUAAUUGGAUCGGGAACUCCUUUCCGUAUCCUAGCAGAAAAGUAACAUGGAAACUUGCCGUCCUCUCCCCUGUUGUCAUGUUUGCUUCGUUCUCACUACGGUCGGCGUUAAGGGGUUUUCAUUUUUUGGGGGCAUCUAGAUACUCAGCAUGGCAUUGGUUCUCAGGAAUCUUUUUUUUUAUCAUUAUUCAUUCUUUUCUUGUUCUGUUUACUGGAAACAACAGCAAACAGCAUUUAUGGGCAGGGUCGCCAGCCUUUUCACCCAAGGCGAAUGCGGAUAGGAAGCAUUAGAUGGGACGGAAUGGUGCUUUGGGAGGAUAACGGCGAGUGUCUCACUACCUCGACAGCAAAUCUCGAGGGGUUCAUUUUGGUGUGGUUUACUGUUGUUAAAAACAUGAAAAUGGCAGUAGUAGCUACCGUUCAGCAGUUUUGUAUCUAUUUAAUUUCUACCCGCAUA